GUAAAUAGUUAUAGCUGAGAAUAAACAUUCAUAAGCUGAACGAAGUUCAGACUCAACAACCACUGACAGAAGCACUAAAGGCCACACCAUGACCACUCCAUCGGAUACACAGAGCCCUGACUUUGUGGAAUACAACGUCAAUCCAGUGGCUUCAAACAAGAAUUCUGCCUUUGACUCUUCUAUCUCUGAUGUACUUCCUUCUGCUGAACCCUACAAGGCUACAACUGCAAUUCCACAGUUUAACCAUUCAACACUAUUACAACAAACAUUCAUGAAGGGAAGACCUAAACUUCUGGGGAUUGUGUUGAUUGCUACUUCCAGCCUACAGAUUGUUCUGGGUAUUGCAUCAAUAUUUACAACAAUUGCUAUUUCCUUGACCAGCGGAAUUGAUUUCUGGGGACCAGUGCUUUAUAUCACUGCUGGUGUUCUAACAAUUAAAGCUCAGGCGAAGCCUAACGUCUGCAUGAUAAAAAGCUCUUUUGGCUUAAAUGUUGCUUCCACCUUCAUCAGUUUUCUUGCACUAGUUAUGGUCUGUGUGGAUCUGAUCGUAAUAAGUCAUGACAAUUACCAUCACUACAAAAAAGGAUCAGUUGCUGGUGGAUAUGUUGUUCUGGUAGCACUCCUGUUAAGCAAUCUUUUGCUCUUCUCAGUAUCCAUUUUCUUGUCUGUGUUUGGAUGCCAGGCCAUGGUUCUUGCACCUCAUAGUGUACCCCAGACCUUUCUGAUCCAGAAUGAAGUUGUGAUUGCAAAGCCUGAACCAUCAGUAUAUUCAAAUCCAGAAGGCAGCAUACAUUUCUCUACAGCCUAGGUGCAGACUUGUGCAAUGUGGGAACCAGAGCGAUUACAGCGCCGGUUCCCGCAUCUCUCCCACAGGCAGUUCACACUGCCCUCUGUGAACCAGUGCGGGUGUCAUUACAUUGGUAAUAACACCCCCAGAUCGGUUCAUAGAUCACAGUGCGAACUAUGAACUGGCACAGGAAUUUCAGUAUGGGGGGAAAAAAGUCCCUGCAAAUCUAAUGAGAGCUCAGACAUACAACUCUAUAUCAGAACUCGCACUGCAGACAUCGCAUUUGAUCAGCGCCUGCAGUGCGGGUGCAAAUCACAUGCAAUGUCUUAGAUCACAUAUGUGUGAACCUUGGCUGACAGUAGCCAGUUCAUGAAAUGCAUGCUUCUGUUUAAUAUUUUUUUUAAAUAAUUAAAAGUAAUUUUUACAGGUUUACAAUAGAACAUGUUCUCUA